AUGGAAAUCAGAACAAGGAGGCUCGCCGUGACUGUUGCACUGUGCCUGACAUCUUUUCUGGCUUGUGAAGGGAAUUCAGAAAAAGGCAAUGCUUCCCUGUUGCACUUUACUUAUCCCCUUUAUAACACGACAGUCUAUGAAAAUUCCCCUCCCAAAACCUAUGUGGAGAGCUAUGUCAAAAUGGGCAUUUACAUCACAGACCCAGCAUGGGACAUCAGAUACAAGAUUGCUUCUGGGGACACGAGUGGCCUGUUUAAAACCGAGGAGCAUAUUGUGGGAGAUUUCUGCUUUUUGAGGAUCAGGACUAAAAGUGGUAAUACCGAGCGGCCGAACAGGGAGUUCAAAGACAAGUACGUGUUAAUAAUCCAAGCCUUGGAGAAAACAUUUGCCUAUGAGGCUUGGGCCAAAGUUCUGAUCCACAUCCUUGACAGAAAUGACCUGAAGCCUCUGUUCUCACCACCCUCUUAUAAAGUCACCAUCCAAGAAGAUACACCCCUGAAAACUUCCAUUGGUGCAGUCAGUGCCACAGAUGCUGAUGUUGGUCAGAAUGCAGAGUUCUAUUAUGCAUUUAAUACAAGGUCACCACUAUUUUCCAUUCACCCCACCAGUGGGGUAAUUAUGACUGCUGUGAAACUGAACUCCACCCACAGGGGGAAGCACCAGUUAAAGGUUCUGGCUGUGGACAGAAUGAAGAAGAUCUCUGAAGGAAGUGGCUUUGGAAACGUGGCCAGUCUUACAAUCCAGGUGGAGCCAUCUAUCAAGAAACCCCCCAUUAUAACUUCAGUGAUGGUGAGGCCAUCCGAUUCUCCUGAGGAUCUCCUUUAUGCUACGUUGAGUGUGGAAGUAGAUGGAUCAGGAGCUGGGGUAGAUUCAGUUGACAUUGUGGCUGGAGAUCCAAGGAGGCACUUCCAAUCCAUUAGAUCCUAUGUGGGAAGUAAUGAGUUCAUGAUAGUGUCAGCCAGAGAGAUCAACUGGAACGAUAACCCACAUGGUUUUAAUCUCAGCCUACGGGCUAAAGACAAAAACAAGCCACCUCUUCUUUCUCAGAUUGUAGUUAUUCAAAUACCACCUUCCAAAUACGCCUCUGCGAGAUUUGAAAAAGAUCUGUAUCAUGUCCAGCUCAGUGAAUUUGCACCUCCUGGCAGUCAUGUUGCAAUGGUUCAGAUUAGUCCAGUUCUCCCAAAUCUAAAAUACAUUCUGAAACCCAGUUCUGGUAGCACAAGCUUUAAAAUCAACCCUCAGACUGGCCUGAUAACUACAGACAAACUAAUAGAUUUCCAGGAACAGUCCCACUUUGAACUCAAAGUUACAACAAGUUACAGUGAGGUCUUUGCCACUGUCUUGGUUGGUAUUAUUGAUUGCAACAACCAUGCUCCAAGCUUCAACCAACCAUCGUACCAUGGCAGCUUUGAUGAAAAUCUGCCUCUGGGCACCAGCAUCCUGUCUGUGAAGGCUACAGAUAGUGACUCUGGGGAGAACGGUUUCAUCACAUAUACCAUAGCCAACCAGAGAGCUGUUCCAUUUGCCAUUGACACAUUUUCGGGUGUCAUCUCCAUCUCCAAGUUAAUGGAUUAUGAGCUAAUGCAGAGGUUGUACCAUUUGCGUGUCUGGGCAUCAGACUCGGGGUCUCCUUUUCGCCUUCAGACUGAGGUUUUCGUUUCCCUCAGAAUGAAUAACAUGAAUGAUAAUGCCCCAGCAUUUGAGAAGAUUAACUGCAAUGCAAGUAUUCCAUGGGACUUACCUGUUGGCCACUCUGUGAUCACAGUGUCAGCCAUUGAUAAUGACGAGCUUCAGCCCAUCAAAUAUGAAAUCAUGUCUGGCAAUGAGAGGCAGCUUUUUGAACUGGAUCCUGUGUCUGGGGUGAUUUCUCUUAGAGCUCCUCUAAGAGAUCUCCAUGAUAAACUAGCGACAUCCUACUCUUUAAAAAUCACGGCCACAGAUGGAGAAAACUCUGCUUUCCCAACCUAUGUAAAUAUCACUGUGGUCUACCAGGAUACCCAUGUAGACUUUCAGUGUGAGGAUACUGGGGUCCUUAAGGAACUAACUAAGAGCAUGAUCCACUCUAUUGAAUCCCAGUCUCCAGAGCAAAAACCAGAUGAAGACUCCUCCUUGAAUGAGCAUCUUAUAAACCAUCAUGUGCCACAGUUCGAUGAUGCCUUCCCAAGAUCUAUUGAUAUAAUGGAGACAAUCCCAGUCAACUCAACCAUUGCACAGCUGAGAGCUGUAGACGGUGAUACUGGCUUUAAUGGAAAGAUGGUCUAUGUAAUAUCUUCUGGGAAUGAGGAUGGUCGCUUUUACAUUGACACAGAAACGGGUCUCCUCCUGGUCUCCUCUCCUUUGGACCAUGAAAGAACAAGUUUCUACGUACUUAACAUUACAGUGUAUGACCUUGGCAUUCCUCAGAAGUCUUCCUGGAAGUUGCUAGCGGUAAACAUUCUGGAUACAAAUGAUAACGCUCCUAAAUUUUCACAACAUACAUACUUGGUUACUAUACCAGAGGAUGUAGAAAUAGGCACAACCAUCACCGUGGUGAAAGCCGAUGAUGCGGAUACAAAUGACAAUGGGAGAGUGAAAUAUUCCUUUCUGGCACCUUCUGAUAAAUUUGACAUCAAUAGCAUCACUGGUGAAGUAGCAGUGACUGUUCCCCUUGACAGAGAAUCGUGUCCUCAUUACAUAUUAAAAGUUGAAGCCAGAGACCAGCCACUAAUAGGCCAGCAGCUCUUUGCAGUGGCUGAUCUGGUUAUUUCUUUGGAAGAUGUAAACGACAAUUCUCCACGCUGCAUCCCAGCCUUGAAUAAGGUGAAAGUUCCUGAGGACCUGCCCCUUGGGACAACAUUGCUGUUCCUAGAAGCCUUUGAUCCAGAUAUUGCAUCUGGAGGAGAGCUGAAAUAUAGCCUGUUCAGAGAUGAUGAGGAUAUGUUUCACCUGAAUGAGUUUACAGGGGCCCUGAUCUUGGAAAAAGAGCUGGACUAUGAGAAGAGGGACUCUUACAAUCUAACUGUGAGAAUCAGCGAUGCUGGGACGCCCCUGUCUCUUUCUUCCCUCUGCCAUAUUGAGAUUGAUGUUCUGGACAUCAAUGAAAACUUGCACCCGCCUCGCUUUGCCUCUUUCGUGUAUGAAGGGUCGGUGAAGGAAAACAGACCAGAGGGGACAUCGGUGAUGACAGUGAUAGCGCAAGACGGCGAUAAAGGGAAAGAUGGAGAAAUCCAGUAUUUCAUCAGAGAGGGAACAGGCUUGGCUGUCUUUGAUAUUGAAAAGGACACAGGUAAUAAUAAUAAUAAUAAUAAUAAUAAUAAUAAUAAUAAUAAUAAUAAUAAUAAUAAUAGGACACUAGACAAGAUAGAAAGAAUGGCUUAA